AGUCCACACUCCACUGAAGCAGACAUGGCUGGGAUGACCCACGCAUCAGAAGGCCACCAUGGCCUGGGAACCAGCAUGUUUGUCCCACAAAACCCACAAGGGGAAGAAGACAGCAGGCCAGAAAGAAAGUGCAGUGGAUUUGAAGACUCACAAGACGCACGGACUGCUGUGCCUCCGUCUUUAUGCCCCACGGCUCUUAGCGGCUCUCAGGAGAGGCUGUCUCCAUGCCACCUGUUGACAGUGAGGGUCAUCGGCAUGAAAAAUGUUCGGCAGGCUGAUAUAUUGAGCCAGACAGACUGCUUUGUGACCCUCUGGCUGCCUACUGCCUCUCAGAAGAAGCUGAGGACUAGAACCAUCUCCAACUGCCUACACCCAGAGUGGGACGAAAGCUUCACCUUUCAAAUCCAGACUCAAGUAAAGAAUAUACUAGAGCUGAGCAUCUGUGACGAAGACACGCUGACACAAAAUGACCAUCUCUUGACAGUCCUCUAUGACCUCUCAAAGCUCUGCCUUCGUAAUAAAACCCAUGUGAAGUUCCCACUCAACCCAGAGGGCAUGGAAGAACUGGAGGUGGAGUUCCUGCUCGAAGAGAAUCUUUCCUCAUCAGAGACCCUCAUCACUAAUGGCGUGCUGGUGUCUCGCCAAGUCUCUUGCCUGGAGGUUCAUGCAGAAUCCAGGAAGCCAAGGAAGAGGAAGAAAAACGAAAACCUUCUGGUGAUGGUGACAGACUCCUUCGAGAACACCCAGAGUGUCGCACCCUGCCUGGAGCCCUGCUACCCCAAUCCUGCCUGCUUCCACUACCCCACAUACUCCCAGCCACAGCUUUACGCAGAGGUGCCUAAGAGCCACUGGAACUGUAGGCUUUGCUGCUGUGGAUCGCACAGGAAUGACCCUGUCUGCCAGCCCCUCGAUUGCCUCUCUGAUGGCGAGGUGACGACGCUGCCUGUGGGAGAGAACUAUGAGUUACACAUGAAGUCUUCACCCUGCUCUGACGCGCUGGAUGUGCGGCUUGGAUUCAGCCUGUGCCAGGAAGAGCUGGACUUUGUGCAGAAGCGGAAGGCGGUGGUGGCCAAGGCACUAAGUCAGGUGCUGCAGCUGGAGGAGGGCCUGUGUGAGGAUGAGGUACCAAUAAUAGCCAUCAUGGCCACGGGAGGUGGCACAAGGUCUAUGGUCUCCUUGUAUGGCCACCUGCUGGGGCUGCAGAAGCUGAACCUUCUGGACUGUUCUACUUACCUCACCGGCUUGUCAGGUGCAACCUGGACUAUGGCUACCUUGUACAGUGAUCCUGAAUGGUCCUCCAAAAACCUGGAGCCUGUUGUCUUUGAGGCCCGGAGACAUGUUGUCAAAGACAAGAUGCCUGCCCUGUUCCCAGAUCAGCUCUGCAAAUGGCGAGAGGAACUCCAACAGCACAGCCAGGAGGGCUACAAGACCACGUUUACAGACUUUUGGGGCAAGCUGGUGGAGUACAGUCUGGGAGAUAAGAAAAAUGAAUGCAAGCUGUCAGAUCAGCGAGCUGCCCUGUGCCAGGGACAGAACCCUCUGCCCAUCUACCUCACCAUCAACGUCAAGGAUGAUGUAAGCAACCAGGACUUCAGAGAAUGGUUCGAGUUUUCCCCCUACGAGGUGGGCAUGCAGAAGUACGGAGCCUUCAUCCCCCCCGAGUUAUUUGGCUCCGAGUUCUUCAUGGGGCGGCUGAUGAAGAGGAUUCCUGAGCCGGAGAUGUGCUACAUGCUAGGGUUGUGGAGUAGCAUCUUUUCCCUGAACCUGCUUGAUGCCUGGAAUUUGUCCCACACCUCAGAGGAGUUUUUCUAUAGGUGGACAAGGGAGAAACUGCAUGACAUCGAAGAUGAUCCCCUCCUGCCUGAAAUCCCGAGAUGUAACGCUAACCCCCUGGAGACCACGGUAGUGAUCCCAGCAACGUGGCUGUCCAACACCUUCCGAGAAAUCCUCACACACAGGCCCUUCGCGUCUGAGUACCACAACUUCCUGUACGGGAUGCAGCCGCACGCUGACUACUUACAGAACACACAGUUCUCCAUGUGGAAAGACACGGUACUGGACACCUUCCCAAACCAGCUGACACAGUUCACAAAGCACCUGUACCUGCUGGACACUGCAUUCUUUGUCAACUCCAGCUAUGCGCCUCUCCUUAGGCCAGAGAGAAAAGUCGACCUUAUCAUCCACCUCAACUACUGUGCAGGAUCCCAGACAAAGCCCCUGAAGCAAACCUGUGAGUACUGCACGGAGCAGAAUAUCCCCUUCCCCAGCUACUCCAUCCAGGAGGAUGACAAGAAUCUCAAGGAGUGCUACUUGAUGGAGAAUCCCCAGGAGCUCGAUGCCCCCAUUGUGGCUUACUUCCCACUCAUCAAUGACACCUUCCAGAAGUACAAGGCUCCAGGUGUAGAGCGAAGUCCCGAGGAGCUGGAACUGGGCCAGCUGAACAUCUAUGGACCGAAGUCACCCUAUGCCACCAAGGAGCUGACGUACACAGAGGCCAACUUCGACAAGCUGGUGAAGCUCUCAGAGUAUAACAUCCUCAAUAACGAAGACAAGCUCAUGCAGGCCUUGAGACUAGCAAUGGAGAAGAAACGCAUGAGGAACCAGAGUCCUUCCUAG